AUGCAUCGGGACAACCACGCGUACCAGCAGAACCACUUCAAGGAUUCAUGCGCGUACCAGCGAGGGGCCACCCCGGAGGAGUUCGCCCUCAACCCGCCGCCCUGCCUCUACAUGACCCGGCAGGUGCAGGCCGCGUACCCGCCCGGAGCCACCUUAGAGGCAGCCGACGUCUUAGCGGACCCCGCGUACGGGCUCCCUCUCCGGGAAGACCUCGGGAUCCCGCUGCUGCACCACCAGCCGCAGCCGCCCCAAGUGCCUCAACACCCGCAGCCGCUCACGCCCGUCGCGGCCUUCGGGGACGUGGACGAGCAGAAUCGCUUUCACCUACCUUUCCCUUGGAUGAAAAGCACCAAAACCCACUCCCACGCAUGGAAGACGCAGUGGACAGGUCCGUACAUGAUGGCGGAAGCCGAGGAGAGCAAGCGUACACGCACGGCGUACACGCGUGCUCAGCUUCUGGAGCUGGAGAAGGAAUUCCUAUUUAACCGCUACAUCUCCAGGCCGCGUCGCGUGGAACUGGCGCUAACUCUCAGCCUGACCGAACGCCACAUCAAGAUCUGGUUCCAGAACCGCCGCAUGAAGUGGAAGAAGGAGGAGGACCGGCGGCGGGCCAGGAGGGGCGAACCUGACCAGGACUCGGCCGUCACCUCCGCGGAUCAGGGGACGACGGGUACUGGAAUGGGGGCCUCGCCGCCUCUCUCUCCGGAACACCGGGCGGCGGACCGUGAGAAGACACUUUUUUUAAGCUAA